AUGGCAAAGCAAGAAAUAAACAACAUUCUCGACGCUCUAAUCGGAACAGGAGACACAAGCAUAAACAAAUGGGUAAGCAUAUUAUCAAUGUCAAAUCCAUUACUAAGUCUAACACUCUUCAUCCCUCAACAAACACCAUCACAUUCAUCUACAUUAGAUCCAUUAUCUUUCCCAUAUCAUGUCAUUCCACAGCGUCUCGUAUUUGCAGACCUUCUCCUCCUCCCUCGUUACUCUCGUCUCCCUACUCUCCUCCCCGAUAAAACCAUCACUGUUACCGAUAACUCCCGCAGUAAUUUUACGCUCGACGAUGUGUUACUCACUCAUCCUGAUCUUUAUAACACCCCUUCUCUUGCUGUUCAUGCUGUUAAGACACUUCUUGAUUACUCUCUCUUUGGUAAUGCCACCAUGACGCCUACUUCGUCAAAUUUUUUGCCUGUGGGAGAAACGUGGAAGUCUGCUCACUCUGCUGCCUCCUCGUCGUCUGCCGCCUUCAUGCUGUUCUUGUUGGUUAUCUGGACUUUUCUUGUUCAAGAAUUAGUCUUCUUUGUGUAA